GAAGGGGAAAGAGCCAUGACCAAAGAUAAUAAUAUCUUGGGGAAAUUUGAAUUGACUGGUAUUCCGCCUGCUCCCAGAGGAGUCCCUCAGAUCGAAGUGACCUUUGACAUUGAUGCCAACGGCAUUCUCAAUGUGUCUGCAGUGGACAAAAGCACCGGAAAGGAGAACAAGAUCACCAUCACUAAUGACAAAGGUCGACUGAGCAAGGAAGACAUUGAGCGCAUGGUGCAAGAAGCAGAACAGUUCAGAUCUGAAGAUGAAGCCCAGAGAGACAAGAUCACUGCCAAAAAUUCUCUUGAGUCUCUUUCCUUCAACAUGAAGAGCACAGUGGAGGACGAGAAGCUCCAAGAAAAGAUCAGUCCUGAGGACAAAAAGACCAUCACAGAUAAGUGUAACGAAGUAAUCGCCUGGCUGGACAGGAACCAGACAGCUGAGAAGGAAGAGUAUGAGCACCAACAGAAAGAGCUGGAGAAAAUUUGCAACCCAAUAAUCUCUAAGCUGUACCAGGGGGGAAUGCCAGGAGGAAUGCCAGGAGGAAUGUCGGGAGGAAUGCCAGGAGGAAUGUCGGGAGGAAUGCCAGGAGGAAUGCCAGGAGGAAUGCCAGGAGGAAUGCCAGGAGGAAUGCCAGGAGGCUUCCCUGGCGGAGCCGGAGCUGGUUCUUCCUCUGGCCCAACCAUUGAGGAAGUCGACUAAAUAUGAGCAAUAAGCACAACAGUUACUUAUCUUAGCUUGAUUACAUGUACUGGCUGUUCAAACCAUGCAUUUUGUGGCAAAUGGGCACACCAUAAAAAUUCAACUUAUAUUUGCUCUACAGCAUUACUCUUAGUGUAAUGAGCUAUUGCUGAAAUAGCAACAGGCUCCUUCUUGCCAGAAAGAGUCUGGGUCUCUGAACUUUGUCCCUUUCAGACAUAAUUGCAAAUCUUUAUAGAGAUGUUUUAGAGGCCAGCACAAAUACGUUUGUACACACCUGUGAAGUAAAUAGUAAAGUAUGUAUGGUUCUCAACACUUUUGGCAAAUGUGAAGCAGACCCCUGAAUUAAAGUUUGCCCAACCAUAUUUCAAUGCAAGAGCUUUUUUGUGAUAUCACUAUUCAAGCUUUGUAAAUUCAGAGACAUUUCAGAUUUUUUUCAGAAGAGCUCAAGCUUGGCUCCAUUGGAUGGACAGUCUUUGUAAACAACAUAUUCUAAUUCUAAUCAGAAGAAAAUCACAAUCACAAUUAAAUUUGACCUAUUCCAUUCAGACACAUGUGCUUUCAUUUAAACCGCUCCAUUUUCAGCUCUGUAUGUAUGUUUCUGGUCAUCGUCUUGCUGUAAAGUGACCUUCAACCCCAGUUUUAAAUUUUACAGGAGUCCUUCCAACAUUGCCUUGUAUUUAAGAACACAAUCCAUCAACUCUGUCCACUUUCCAAUCCCUACAAAGAAAAGCCUCCCCGCUGCACAAACUUACCACCAGCAUCACCAUAAGGCAAAAGGUUGAAUUUUUGGUCUGAUGUGACCAGAGUACCUUCUACCACAUAUUGAACUUGUUGCAAAUUGCACAGACAACUGAGAAAAAAUGUUCACUUUUGAAUAGUCAAACAUUUCAGACAGUCAUUCAGAUGAGUUAAACAGUGAGACAAAACAUGUUUAAAGCUGGUGGCAUUUCUGCUGUCAAAGGCUAAACUCUUGCAAUAAACAUCUACGCAUCUUUA